CGACAAACUAAUGUUUUGAUUUGACAUUUCAUACGUCAACUUCAACUUACGUCAUUUUCAUCACGGUGGAAAAUUUACAGAUACUAAAGUAAAAGUCAAAACAAAGAGAGCAAAAACUUACAUCGCACAUUAACCAUGGAUCAGUUUUCAUCUUCAAAUAAAUAAUCAUUAGUAUAGUAAUCUGGUGAAAAACUUCAGAAAAAUUGCAAAAGAAACCUGUUAUUGUGAUAAACAUGGCAUCGAAACAUUUGGGUCUCAUAAAAGAAGUGGAAACUUUUGAAGUGCUACCAGAAGCUGUAACUCUGCCUGAUGAACCUGAUCAAAAUGUUGAGACUGCCGUUGAAGCCAUGAUGAAAUUGUCUCCGGUACAAAUACAACAGGAGUACUAUGAAAAUUUGGGUGAUUGUGAUUGGGUGAAAUAUGAAAAAAGUAAUAGAAACUAUUUGCUUCAAAAUGUCGCCUUUGCUCUCUUUGGAGGACCAAGUACAGAGGGAGAGCUAUCUGAAGUAGUUGGAGACCAGCAUGCACACCUUGAAGGGUACACUAGUAGACAGAAAGAACAAGUUAUGAGAGUCUAUGAAAAACUUUGUGAACAAAGUAAAUAUUCAUACAAUGAUGAUGAUAUAAUUAUGUCUGUACUCCUGGUCGUGUGUGCUAAGCCGAAGCCUCUGAAAUUUUAUGAAAUUCAACCCUCAAACUAUUGGUUGGACCUUCAUGAGAGAACUGAUAGUGAUAUAUGGUGUACAGCAGUGUUCAGAGUCCGGAAAUGUAUACCUACGACCGUUGGAAUGAAAUCAUGCCGCGUUUAUAUAGAUGAAAAUGCAAGGGUUUAUCACGACUGGGAAUCAUAUUUGACUAAUAAUACUUUGCCAAAAUGUGUCAUUAUUGUGCCUGAAAAUGGAGAAUACACAGGAACACUUCUGGAGGGAGAAGAAACGUUUGCUGUAAAGUUGACGGUAGCACCAUCGCCGACGUUGGGUAUCAAGGCCCGUGUCCUCAGUUCAGUGGACACUGCCAGUACUGUGGCGUCUAUCGGCGCUAUAGGAGUCAUCGGCGUGGCGGCAUUUACGCCUGUAGCACCCGUAGUACUGGCCGGCGCCGCAGUCGCAACUGUCGCCACUGGCGUUUAUGGUCUUGUACGCUCCUCCCUACAUCUCCGUGAUAGAAGCGCUCAUGAACAAACCAUAAGUCCUACGGACGCGGAAGCGCGCGGUAGCUGGCUAAAUAUAGCGGCGUCGAGCGUUGGCCUGGCCGCGGGCGCCGCCAGCUCCCUGCUGUCUCGCUCUGCCGCCGCCGGCACUAACAUGACCAAGACAGGGCAAGCGUUGGCCGUAUCAGUAGAAGUACUGCGUCAUGCGAACAUAGUAACCGGUGGAGCUGGAGUUGUCAACAGCUUGCUGCAUAUCGUACUUAAGUAUCGCAAGCAUGGAGAGAAACCAACGAAAUUGGAGCUGUUCCAGUUCGCGUCGGCAACGCUAUUCUUCUGUCACGCUGUGGUGUCUAACCGUACUGCUCAAAGUAUCAUUGAAGAUGCCCAGGCGAAGACUAUCAACGAAUACCGCGCCACACUAAGGAGUAAUAGGCAUAGAAAAAUGUUCGACAAAAUCAGCGCUGAGUCUAGAAGAAUACAAGGCGCCGUACAAGGCAACACAGAAGUCAUUAAAGGCAUACAGAACAUCUUCGACAAAGAUCAGUACUUUGCUGAUGUACUCAGAAUAAACAAAGAUGUCAACCAACAUAAGCUUAGGAUAUCCAUGACGUCUGACGGCCAAGUCAACUUGAACUCUCAACACAAAUUCAAUCCUUCAGAGUUGUACAAUCUUGGUAAGGAAGGUAGGGCUCAACUGUUCAGUAAUCUGGGGCCAGCUUCAGUUAAUACGAAUAAUGUGCCAACACGAGUAGUUCCAUCAACGAACGCAGUCACAGGCUAUGUUGAAGGCGAAGAAGAAGGCACUUUAGUUGGGAUCCACCCUGGAGAAAUAUUAAGGAUCGGUUCGCUGCUCGUACGUGUUAGUGCUUCGGGCGCCGAAAACGUAGCCCUCAUGCUAGAAAACCUCAGUCAAGACGUGUACGCCAACCUAAUGACAAUAGCAUUCAAUGUCUUAUCCAAACUCGUCCCAGAAGAAAUCGCCAGACUUAGACUACUAAGUCCAGACGAAGACUUGAUAGUUCAAAUUGUUAAAUUCGUAUUUAAUUAUAUGAAACACCAAAGACCACUAGGUGACCCGAGCAGAGAGAAUGACAAUGGCAUUGUAAUUGUAUUAAAAGAAUUCUUCCAAGAAGGUGUUGUGCGCCAAGAAACAAUAUUGUAUUUGAAAGAUCGUCUGCUCGGUUGGGUCGAUAGUGAAAUGGAUCGAAGGAGAUUGGAAUUCCCGAACAAAAAGUCAAUAGUUUGUGAAACUUGUAGGGGUAUCAGGUAUGUUUAGUAGAUACAUAUUUUUGCGACCAAAGUAAGAUCACAUAAUUAUUACCCAUCACAGCAUAUACAUCAUUAUUUUUUUAUCAUCGGUAACGUUUAAAUUACCACCAGAUAUAAGAACAUAUAUCAAGAUUAAACCCGUAUUUUAAUUUAAAAAUUAUAACCAACGUUUUUACAUCUUACCAUCCUAUUUCACGAAAAUGGCAUUGUUAUAAUCCAAACGUGGUAAAUGAUCAAUAAAAUUAAAACAGUAGCAAGCUUAUUGACAAAGAAAGUUUUUACAUCUUGCUAUUCUAUUUAAGGCUGAUUUUUCAAUGGUCCGUUAAAGUUAUCUGGUGAAUAAUUAUAAUGCUGUCGCGUCAAAAUGUUUGUAUAAGACAGAAGCUGUUCUCCCGCAACAAUUUUAUUUAUUAAAAAUAAAUUGAUGAUGUCGACAUUUUGACGUUUAGAGUCAUAAUUGUAACCAAUCUAAGUGGUCAUCAAAGCCAAAAAAAUCUAACACUUUUAAUACACGUACUUAUAUGCUUUGUUCUAAGCAGAUAAUAAUCCUAAAUUGUAUGCCAAUCACAGUGAUCAAAAACAGCGCAUUAAUUAGCUCGCUAAGAUUUGAUGAUCAUUUACCACAUUUACACUCGGUUUCUGAAAGGCUUGUCAACGCUAAAAUUAACUAAUCUGCUGUUAAAUCUCUUGUCAAGUCAUCUGAUUGGUUGUUGAUAAAUCAGUCCACCAAUCAGAUGACUUGACAAGAGAUAAAAUUGAUCUGCCUUUCGGAAACCGGGUGUUAGUGUUCGAAUACAAUUUGAAGUACAGUGAUGACUAAAAUAAAUAAUUUUAGACCUUAUUUUCAAGUGUCAAUGUAUAUUUUUGGUAAAAGAAACUAAGGGUAUCACUUUGUCAUUAUAUCAUAUUAUAUAAUUUUAUUGGGUCUUUUUCAACCCCAUUUGUACGAGCUUAGUUCAAAAAAUUACUAGUAAAGGUUUAAUCUGCAGCAAGGGAACUUUUCUAUACACAACGAUUAUAAUGUAGGGAACAAGUAUCACAUUUAGCAAUACUUACAUACAUUAGAAUAUGGUCACUAAGACGGAAAAUGAAAAGAAUUUUCCUUAGUAAUGUAGCUAUAUAGUAACAUUGUGGGACAAGGAAGAUGUCAUUAUGAAAAAUCUCGUUAUUUAUCCCUUUGCUUAAUUGGCUUAUAGUGUAUAAGUAACAAAAUACAUUACUGAAAUGAUGUUUUUCACAAGAAAUGAAUUUCUAUUUAAACUCUAAUGCCUUACUCUUAAGGUGCAAAUCAUAAAAUUUGCCUGUAACAGAAACAUAUCAAACAUGUCCAAAUAUAUAUCUAUAACUAUUGUAUUUGAUAAUGAGGCUUUUGGAAUUGUAUUUAAAAAUUCUAUGAUAUUAAUAUUCCUAUAAUAUAUGAGAUAUUUUUACUAUACAAUACACACGUGAUAGAAUGAAGCACUGUGAUAACUAAUAACUGAUUAAUAUUUAGGUUUAUUUAUAAUGUUGCACAAAGAACAGUGCCUUCUCACAUGUACUUGUAGUAUUACAUGAAUGUAGAAAAAUUUUCAAUCGAUAUUUAUAUGCUAUCAGUAGAUAUGUACAAUUAACUUGUUUAGUAUUAGAUAUAUUCUUGAAUGUAUAUUUAGUUUCCUAUAUAUGCUUUGUUAUAAGUAAUAAAUAUUUA